CCAAGACGUCACUAUCACGAAAACAUUGAACAUCGGCAGAAAGAAAAAAAAAGCGAAACGUUUGUGUCACACUAUGAGAAAAAUUGUCGGUCUUGUGGCCUUCGCAUGGAGAUUUCUCCUACUGUCUUCGAUUUAUGGGCCAUUUAACACGGCAGCCCAGAGCGGUGUAUCGUUUGAUGAACGACGUCUCCAGCAAAUUUCCCAAAGCAUGAAUCCAAAACUGAAGAUGUGUGGUGAUUUCUACAGCUAUGCCUGUGAAAAUUGGCAGGGUCCGGAAUUAAUUAAAAUUUUGGAGGAGAAAAUUCAGGGGGACACCUUGGAGAUACUUGAGCAGUUGUAUCGGGCAAGUGAACCGAAAUUUCUACGGGAAUUAUAUCAAUACUAUGAGGCCUAUAAGGAGGUGGAAAAUCCCCAACCAAUGGAGUAUUUGAAAUGGUUGAGGGUCUAUGAAAAUAUGGAAUGGUCGUUAAUGGAAAAUAAAACCCUGAGCGGGGAGAAGCCAUGGAAAUGGAAUGUGGAUUGGUUGGAGCUGUUGGCAAAGUUACGGCAAUUUGGUUUCAAUGACCUAUUCUUUCAAGAGGAUGUUAUCCAGAGUAAGGAGGAUCCUUAUAAAGGCGUUGUGGAGCUGAAGAUCCCAGAUCUGUCAUAUUUAUAUGAUUUUGAACAACAGGUUUAUAUUUUGGGGGAUUUGAUAGAUGAAAGUUUGGUGGAAUCAUUGGCUGAGUUCCAGGCGGAUUUAUCGAAAAUUACCCUGGAAUUGGUACACUCGGAGGAGAGUGAUGAUUUCAAUUAUCGUUAUUUAGAUAUGGCAAGCUCUAGUCGGGUUGAGGGCAAACUGGUGGCCCUCAAAGAUCUCUAUAUGCCCUGGCUAAAUAAAUAUUUGCAGCUGAUUUUGCAACAAACCACCCUGGAUCCCAACAUGCAAAUUCAGGUGCAAAGUGUGAAAUAUUUAAAGAGAAUCUACAGCUUCCUCAGCAAAUAUGACAAUCAAAUGCUUUGUGAUUACAUACAAAUAAAAUUCCUCAUAUUUCUCAUGAAGGAUGAUCGGAUCCAUUAUAAAAUGGAUGCGGUGAAUAAUAUUAGGAAAAAUUUCCCCAUAAUUCUGCAAUGGAUCCAUGGACGCAUACACAAGGAGCUGCCAAGGGAUGUGGGGGUUGUACAAAGACUUUUCAGCAAUUUGAAGGAAAAUUUCAAAAAGGUUCUCCAAUCCAAGGCCUCCACUUUACCCAGCUCCCUUUUGGAACACAUGAUGGCAAAAUUAAAUACCUUGGAGUUGGUGGUGCUCGAUAAAUCCCCCAUGGAAUUGGAAUUCUAUUAUGGUUCAUUAUCUUUCCUCAGCACUGAGUACUAUGGCAAUCGCCUGCGUUUGAAUCGUUUUAAAUUCCAAAAACAACACUCGAAAUUGCAUAAAGUUUAUCCCAGGAACUCCUUGGAAUAUUUGGAUUUCCGGCCAAGUGGUGGCGAUAAAAGGGAUUAUCCCUAUCCAUUGCCAUUAUUAUAUCCUCGUUUAAAUAUCAUUUCCCUACCCCUAACCCUGCUGCAGGAACCAUUUUAUCAAACCAAUAUGGGGGAACUUUUCUCAUAUAGUUCGCUGGGAUAUUUGCUGGCCCAUGAACUUACCAAAGCCUUUGAUUCGCAGCAUUUGAAAAUUGAUGCCCAAGGCAUUGAACAUACCAUCCUGCCUGGUCGUAAACCCAAAUCCGCCGAAGAUACAGAAGAUGAUGACGAAGAUGAUUUUUCCAAAGAUCCUGUCAUUGAUGAUUUGGCUGGUUUGAAUCUUGCCUACACAACCUUCGCCCGAGAUCAUGCUGUGAUCUUGCCUCAGGUUGUCACAUUGCCCAACAAAGUUGCUCUAUCCAUGGAAAAGGUGUUCUUCCUGAAUUAUGCCCAAUUAUAUUGCUCUUCAUUUUGUGGUUUCCAUCCCAUGGCCGAUUUCCAUAGCUAUGAUGCCUGUGCCCGAGUCAAUACACCCGUGAGACAUUCGGUGGUAUUUCGACAGGCAUUCAGUUGUGGUGCCUUGUCCGAGGAGGAUGUAGCGGAGUUUGCAUUGUUGCCGAAACCUAAAGGGGAUAUGCGUUAGUAUUAAUUGGAAUAUUUCAAUAUUGUUUUGAAAUUGUUAAUUUGAAUUAGAAUAAU